AUGCAUUCCCCGCAGUCAGUCCUUGUACAUGCUUCACACUUUUUACACCUGGUACGCCUUCGCCGCGGGAAAGCUCUUUCAGACUUCUCUUCCGCGUCCGGAUUAUCGUGUCGAUGUUGUUCUACCAGACAUCGAACAUCGUGAAUUAAGGCAACGGGAUCGCGAAUCAGCUCAGGCACAUUCUUUUUAGUAGAAGUAAAGAUGACGACGGAACAUAAAGGAAUGAAACAUUUUGUCCAAAGAGCACCUGUCGUGACAAACUCGCAAAAAGGAGUUGUGGAAUAUUUCUUAUCCAAGCAAGAAGACCACAAUAUUAAAAAGUAUCCUGAAUGGGAUAAGCCAAGAGUUUACCCAGCGUUAGAAGUGGUCAGAGCUCGCAGUGAUUUAACAAAAGUUGAGGAGAAAUUACGCGAAAAAUGGGUCGAACAGGAGAAAAGGCGAAAACUCAUGGACGAACAGUGGGCCGAGAUGAGAUUGCAGGAAUCGAUAUUGCGUGAAUCGUUUAUAAAAUUCAAUAGAUUUGUCAGGGAAAAUCAGGAAAAACGCGAGCGCGCGGAAGCGAAGAUCAAAGAGGAACGUGAACGUCAAGCGAAGCGGCUCGAAGAAAUCGAAGAGUUGACCGCUAAGUUAGUUUACAUGAAAGAAGUUCGCGACAAGAUGAAGACGCACGUGGAAGAAUACAGAAAGUAUCAAACGUACUUGGAUAAAGUUAUAAACGAUACCUCAGAAUUUCAGUCCAUCGCAGAAAUUUUUAAUCGUUACGAAACUCUAAUGGAGGCGCGUACGAUUUUAUCUGAGCACCAGGAUAAGAAUCUUCAGAUAUUAGAGGAACGAGGAGCGGAACUAUAUCACAUGACGGAAUCAAAGACACAGAAAUUUAUGGGACUGAACAAUAAAUUAGCGCAAUUGCAAGCGCGACGGGACAGGGCGGAGGUGCGAGCUCGCAAAUGGGAGACGAUCGUUUCUAAGAUAAAAGUGACUGCCGCGGAGAAAAAUUUAGAGCAUACGCAGGUAAAAACGUGUUGCUGGAAUCUGUAUCAACAGAUCUGCAAAAGAAAGGGUGUUCCCGUUACCGCGGACAAAGACGACGUCGAGCAGCAGCUGAACGACAUCAAACGGACGAUCCUCGAAUUAAAACGACUCCUCAAGAUCGCGAAAAAAGAUGCGCCCAAAGAAGCGCAGAAGACUUGAUAGAACAAUUUCAAGUUGUUUGUAAAUAAAUAUAUUUUAUCGCAAAGUAAUAAAGUAAAUACUGAUAAACGCUA